UCUGUACGUGUAACGUUGGCCACUGUUACAAUUUUCGACUCCUUUAGUACUUAACUUCGACUUUGAAUGAAAAGUUUAAGUGUUAUUCGAUUUUUACGUUUGAAGAAUUCAAUUCACAUAUUAUCUAACAUGCGUUUCAGAAGCACUUUUUUCCUUUUAACCGUAACGCUGUUCGCAAUGCUGGCAAUACAUGCAGUUGUUGAAACAAAACAACCCAAACAAAUUAUUCCUGAAGGCACACCGCCAAGCACAGAUCAAGGUAAAGGUGACAGCCAAAAAUAUCAAAAUAGACUUGACCCAGAAGCACCCGGUUACGAAACAGAUACAGAUAGCAGAAGAAAUCCGCGACAGGGUAGGACCAGACAUCCACAUGACCAAAAGUGCAGUUGCGUAAUUCAAUAAGAAUGAAGAAAAUAUACUAAUCUAAAGAGAAGAAGCAAUCUCUCAUAUUAUGAUGAAACUACACUAUUUUUUUACAUUAUGUCUUGUCCUCAAGUUUGUUUCACUUAACAUGUUAUGCUUUUAACAUGUAAUAAUUUUACACACAUUAACACCGUUUUUUGAAUAAAAUAUAACCAAU